AUCAAUAUGUCUGCUCCAUCGCUCCCCCAUUACACGCCCGCCGAACCCACCAAGGAACCUUUGGACUAUGUCCAGCUCGUCAAUCUCGACCUGGCCAAGUUUGAUACCGCUGCUGGUCGCGAGGAACUCGCUAGCAGUCUCUUUGAAGCAGCUACAGGCCACGGCUUCCUCACUGUGACCAACCAUGGGAUCUCCGAUGCAGUGUAUCAGCGGCAAAUGCAGAUCGCCAAUGGAAUCAUGACACUCCCUCCGGAGGAGAAAGCCCCCUAUGAAGUGACACCCGAGGAAGAUGCCCGUGGCUUGUAUGUCGGCUUCAAACCUGCAGGACCCCUUGGCCACAAGGGUGGUUUCCCCAAGCAGCUCGACCACUAUAACAUCCUCGUACAUGACCCCAAGAACCGUCCACACCCAGAGAUGCUACGCCCACACCUCAAGGAGACAUACGAGGUCAUGCACUUCAUCCGCAACCACAUAUUGAAGAAGCUGCUCACCCUGAUGGCGAUGGUUCUCGAGAUGCCCGAAGAGGAGAUUCACGACACUCAUGCCCUUGGUGGUUCCAAGACCGAAUACAUCCGUUACAUGAUAUGCGAGCCUCGUCCCAAAGACGAGAGCGAGAAAUACCGUGAUAUCUACCUCUCUGGUCAUACCGACUGGGGUUCGUGGACUUUUCUCUUCUCACAGCCCAUAGCUGCCCUGCAGGUCCUCGACCACCGAGACGGCCAAUAUCGCUGGGUCAAACACCAGCCUCAUGGGUUGGUGAUCAACUUUGGCGAAGCGCUGGAGCGCCUUACGGGUGGUCUUUUCAAGGCCACCAUCCACCGCGUCGUGCAGCCCCCGGUCGACCAGCGUCAUCUCCGUCGCAUCGGUGUUAUCUACUUCGCGCGACCUGCGGACGAUCAGGAACUUUCCCCUCUGCAGGGAUCCCCUGUUUUGCGGCGAAUGAGCCGUGACAAGCCCAUGGACGAC